AUGACAUCCGCUGCACGUCAAGCCAGUUUUGCUGGGGAAAACCUCCAGUAUGCAGAUGACAUCAAACCAACACUGCAACCUGUGUCUCCGGCUCAAUGUGAACCCGAACCCUCGCCGGCCGAGUACGAAGCCGUCCAACCUAAGCACGAAGAUUCCAUAGUCAAAUACGAAUCUCCAGUUAAAUAUGAGCACUAUGAUAACUAUCCCUUCCUAGCUUUCGCCACCUCAAGCAUAACAGCUGCACCAAGCUCCCCACCCGUUCAAUGUGCACCUCCUCAUCUACCACAUGAGACCCUUGUCACUCCAUCUUCCGAAUCAUUUCCCUGCCCAGUACCUUCACAAGUGCAAUUACCUCCUCUUUUGAAUUCACGGCAUGAGCAUCCGCAAUCGACCUGGCUGUCUCAGCCCACCUACGAGUACGACCAAAGUCGUAGCCCUACUACGGAAGUCAUGUAUGGGCGUGAGCGUGGUGAUCUCUCCCACUGCCUCCGUCUCAACCACCGAUCAGCCUCGCACCCUUAUCGUCUUCCUGGACCGUACGCCACUUACCAUCCAGAGUAUUGCUAUGCGGCAGUGUCAGAUUAUCACCCACUCGAUGAGUUCAGCUACAACGAAUGCCGCUCAAAUGCACACCGAACCUUGUACCCUCAAGCCGUUUACCCCGGGGCUGCCACAUCUCCUUACGGCUGUCUAGUGCCUCAUUCGACCCUACCGCCCGAAAAACCUUUCAUUUGUGAAAAAUGUGGAGCCAGGUUCAACAGAAAUCACGACCUCAAGCGACAUACCCGGAUCCAUUUGGAAGUGAAACCAUUCCCCUGCGGAUGGUGCGAGAAAGGUUUCUCUAGGAAGGACGCUCUCAAACGCCAUCUGAUUGUUAAAGCGUGUUCUGGCUCGAAGGAUGUUUCGGUUGAAGAAAGUACCGCCCACGAGACCCACAUCGACGCCUCUCUCGGACACACCAUCAACGACACCCAGCACCAGCUCCUCCCCCCGAUCUCCACGCUCGCCGCCCCCACUAGGGAAUUCGAUGUUUAG